GAUUCGCCAACUGAAAACCAAAUGUCUCCACUCUCCAAACGCUAUCUCUUCGCUUACAAUUCUCUGCAGGCCCUCGGAUGGGCAUUUGCUCUCUCAAGAAUUUUGAGCAGCUUUGUAUUCACCAAGUCUAUUCAUGGAGCUUACGCUUCGGCCGGAGAGCUAAUCUGGUUGCUGGAAGCAUUUCAAUUCUUGGAAGUUGUACAUGCAGCCAUUGGUAUUGUGCCAAGUGGAGUGUGGACUACCUUUAUCCAAUGGGAAGGAAGGAUUAUUUUUCUUUUAGCGGUUCAUCAAAUCGAUGAGGUCCAAGAGUUGCCAACAAUUUUCACGACUCUUGUUGCUUGGAGCCUAGCUGAGAUAAUUAGGUAUCCACAUUAUGCGUUGAACUGCAUAGGAAAAUGUCCAUCUUGGAUGACCUAUCUCAGGUACUCUGCAUUCACUGUGCUGUAUCCUAUUGGAAUCCCUGGUGAAAUGUGGCUCGCAUACCAAGCACUUCCAUUUAUAAAGAAGAAGGAUCUUCUUUUUAGUGGCCUUCCCUUCAGCUAUUAUAGUUAUCAUAAGCUUCAUCUUCUCUGUUGCCCUUACCCAAAUUUAAAGCUUUACCAGCAUAUGCUGAAGCAACGGAGGUCAAAACUCGGAAAACUCCAUAAAAAGGAGAAAAUUUGAAGGUUGAUGCUCUUUCAGAUAUAGUUACUAGUUGGUUGCCACUAAAUGGUUGCUCUAGCUUGAAACCUUAGAUAUCGUAUGCCAUGUACAUUGGCUUCAUAUGUAUUCUUGGUUAAUGGUUAGAUUUAUUUAAU